AUGCGGCAGCUUUAGCUAAUUCUUCAGUCAGCGAUCGCAUGAAGAAGGCUUGUUGUCUGUUUCUCCUCCUCCUCAUUGUACUUCUAUGUUUUUGGUUCCUUCUUCCCUGGUUUACCUCAGUCUUCUCCCGCAUGGCUGUCACAAAGACCCAGUCAAAGACAAAACCCACGAGUCAACCCGUUUCCCCAGCCUCUCUCCUCCUCCUCCUCCUCCUCAACCCAGCAUCAUACAGCCUUCACCUGUGGUGGAUCCAGCUGUUGUGUCUGCUCUUGUAGAAGCGAAGAUGCAACAUCUUUUGGAUUCAGCCGUCACGUCUGCUGCUGUAGAGGCAAAGUUGCAGCGUCUUUUGGAGGAGCAGCAGCUGAAGCAGGAACACAUUUUCUCUCAGAUGAAGGAGAGACUCCAGCUGGACAUGCAGGAUAUAAAAGCCAAGCUUGAGCUUGUGGAUGCAGACACUCGGCUGCGACUGGAGCAGGAGCUUGCUGGUUUGGGCAGGCAGAUGGUGGAUUACCAGACAGUCAGUCGCUCUUCUGCUACCAGUCUCGGUCUCAGGAUCCAAGCCUUAGAGGCCCAGAAUGCAAAGCUGUCGCAGGAGUGGUCGUCCAUCCAGCUGAUGCCUCCUCCUGCCCCCUGUCCCGAAACCAGCACCGCCCCCGCCCAAAAUCAACUCACCCCAGAGCUCCAACAGGCCAUGGAGAAGUGGCUCAGUGACCGCAUCAAGGAGCAGGAUGCUAUCAGGUUAGGUGACAGAGGAAGCUGCUCAGACUGCGGACGUCCCAUGGCUGACAAAAUGGCCGACUUUGCACUGGAGACUCAAGGAGCCAGUGUGAUCAGCACCAGGUGUUCAGAAACAUAUCGCAUUCGUUCAGCAUGUGUGACCCUGUUUGGAUUCCCUCUGUGGUAUCCAUCUGAGAGCCCACGCACUGUUAUUCAGGGUUACCCGGUGCUGCUCCCCGGGAAGUGUUGGGCGUUUCACGGUGUCCAGGGGACUCUUGUGAUCUCUCUGUCACACCCCAUCACUUUAACUCAUGUGACGCUGGAUCACCUGCCGCGCUACAACUCCCCCACCGGCCGCAUCGACUCUGCCCCCAAAGACUUUGAAGUCUAUGGAAUGAGAAACGACACAGAAGAAGGAACACUGCUCGGGACAUUCACUUACGAUGAGAAUGGAGAGUCGACGCAGACGUUUAAGUUGCCUAACCUCAGUGACGUGGUGUAUCGAUUUGUGGAGCUACGCGUCCUCACUAACUGGGGUCAUGUUGAAUACACGUGUCUUUACCGCUUCCGUGUGCACGGAGAGAUUGCCUCCACAUGAGACACCGCACUCACUGACCGUGAUUCAACGGCUCUUUCCAGCAUAUCAUAAAAUACAUUUUUACUCUAUUUAACAAGAAAUCUAAUAGCUUUUUUUGCAUAUCACAUCAUACAUCGGUGGACUGUCGAGAUGGAGGGCAGACAACUGGAGGCAAAGAAUGACAACACUGUGCAAAUGCCUAUUAAUUGCUCUGUUUACAGCUGUUCCAAUCAAAUUGUGAAUAACAAGGGCCACUUCAAGUCCCAAAACAGUUGGAUGUGAAGGGGAGAAGUUAAAAAAAUAAUUUUUGAGAAACAGCUGCAGAUGUGGAUGAAAAACGUUACCUUCAGUCUGGCAGCAGAGUCAACUAAUUAAAAAUGUUAAAGGAAUGGUUGACCUAGUAGGUAGAAAAUUAGUGCUAAAGUUAGCUAACAUUAUGUAACAUUAGUUAACUUUAGCAGCGUUACACCAGCUUCACACUGGACGCUGAAGCGCUCUGAUGUUUUAAUUGUCAUGCCGCCGCCUGUCAGCAGUUCACAACAAAUGCUUGUGCAUGUUCUAAUCACAUGGAGAGCUCUGUCUCUGCUUGCGUGUGUCUGUGCUCAUCUGUAUGCGUGUGCGUGUUGGCGUCUGCGUGUUCUUGUGUGUCUGUUUGCCUCUCCUGCUGUUUGCUUGGACACAACUGACAAAUAUAUGGAAGCAUCGGAUGCAUGUUUUAUAAUUUAUCAUGAUCAUAUCAUAUUUAAUAUACCCUUUAAAUCGGUCAUAACAGAUUAUUAGAUGUUUAGCGAGUAUCUUGACCUACUUAUUAGCUGCUCAGCUGGGUGUGGGAGGGGUCCUGUUUGUGACGUGCUUCAAUGAGAUGCCCAGGCAGAAUUCACAUUUGGUUGAUGUUCACGUUUAAUCAGUGAUGCACAUUUACAAAAAAACAUACUUUUUCAUUUUGAUCAAACCUGCCGUGAUGAAGUGAUGGCUGUCUUUAUGAUGAGUGAGGAAGAGGGUGAGCGAGCAGAAAAAACAUGCAUGAUUACGCCGCCUGUAACACCUGUGCCCCUUAUGUGCCUUACCAGCCACACUAACCUGCACCCCCACCCGUGGUGAAGCAUAUUUACACAGAAAGUAUAAACAGACAAAAAAACACAGAUAUAACUAAUGGCUCCUACAGUGUGUUUGUCAGAAACUUUUUUCUGAAACUAUCAAUGCAGAUAGUGAGCCUAUAACAGAGCUUGAGACUGCAGCACAUUUUGUGUGAACAGUCACGUUGCUAAAUGCAGGCGCCAAAAGCAAGCAGCCAGUGCUACAAUGUUGGUUAUGUUAUGUUCGGUCCUCUUUUGGGAAAAAUCACAUUUCUUUGCUUUGCAUGGAUCACAUCCAACAAGAGUUUCAAUUUGCUUUUAUGCACUCACUUUCACGUGUCUCCGGUUCACGCAGUGUAAGGAUUUAUCACUUCCUGCCCUCCAUCUGACUUUUGCGCACCAUAACAGUCAAGUGAUUGCAAAGAAGCUAUUUGGUGGUCUGAGGUGCGUUCAGGGCCAAAUGCUACUGAAAGAUGUUUAGUGUCGAGUUGUUUUUCUUCUUUGUGUCAGCUGGUUUUGAUAUGUUUUGGAUUGUUUAAUGUUAAAGUGACAGAAUUCAUAGGAAGAUUUUAUUAAUGUGCACAAUUACUGGAGCACGCUUGGCUUUGAAUAAAUGUAAAUAUUGAAAUGUAAAUUAUGUUUAAAAAUCAAAAAUCUACCUAGUUAAACCAUUUUGGAGCAUAAAGUUCUGGAAACUUUGUGCUUCCAGUCAUGUGAGAGUGCCACAGAAAACAUUUUUAACUUUUAUUGCUGUUUAUCAGGUUUUUCUUACUUUACAUCAGUAGAGUGCACAAUCCUACCUUUGAGAUAAAAUUCCAUUUCUUUUUAACAGUUUAAUGUUAAAGGCCUUGCUUUAUGUUACUGAACAGUGUUUUUUUAAAAAUAACUUUACUGACCUUGGUAUCAAGCUUUCACCUCAAAACUUCCUCCCACAACAUAAGUGACAUAAACUGAAAAGUUGAAGAGGCUUGUUUUUAACAUGCUCUGCCCGUUUUGGACAAUUCAUUAAUUUUAAUAUGUAAUAUCUUCACAUCAUAAAGAUCUAGUCAGUGAAUUUCUAAAUCAUACGUUUAUGUCAUGUUAUCUUGAAUAGUGGAACACCAUUUUUGGCAGGAAACUCCUCUGAUAUUUGGUUGUUGUUGAUGUUUUGACUGACAGGAUGUUGCAUCCUUUGAACAAUAUGUCGAAUUUAUACAGCAGGCAGCAGUGAAUGUUUUUUAAUCAGUGUUGUCUGAUUUAAUAUUUCUAUGAAAGAUACAUAUGCAGCUUAGUGGUACUUGAAUACUUGAAAACCUCUUUUUCUAAUCUUUUGAAAGAUGUCAGGUUGACUUCAUGGAAUUCUUUGUGCAAAUAUUAAUAACACAGAUUUUUGUAUGUAUAAAAAAGAAAGGUGUUAUUUCUUUGUAAAAUGAGAGUAUUCAAAUAUGAAUUCCAAGAACAUGAAUUGAUAAACGAAUAUGUGUUUGGACUUAAAACAACAGACAAAAACUGUGUAUAUCAGGGUCAAUCCAUCGUUCCCCGUUUACUUUUGUGUGUUUGUUACACAGAACAUUUACACACGAGGUGGUCGAGGAAAUAUUUUUUUCUUUUUAUGAAGUGCUCUCCAGGUGAAUCCUGGUUAAAAUCCACCAUUUCUCACUGAUUUCCUUUAUUAAAUACGUACUAGUCUUAAAGGACAUGUAUAAAAAGAGAGACAGAUGAGAGAAUACUUUUUUUUUGUCAGACAAUUGAAAUUUGGAUCAUAACAUAUUCAGCAUCAGGAAUUAUUUAUUAUUUACUUCUCUAUUUUGAUAUAAUUUGUGCACUUUACAUGCAUUUCUAAUGUUAGUGCAUCACAUUUUUGUAUUUAAGCUGGUGAUUGUAGUUAUAACAUUUCACAUAUUUAAUGCUUAAUUUUGUGUUAAAAUAAAUCUAAGACCUCCUCUUGGUGGAAGCACUUUUGUGUAAUUCAUUUAAAUCUUAUUUGGCUUUGCAGAUGUAAUCUGUUUUAUUGUGCACUGUACACAGUGUAAUGUUUAAUGUGUAUUUGAUUUGGGAAAAAAAAAUAUUUUCUUUCUUAUAUAAACUAUAAAGUUAAAAUUCAUGUUUUAAUAUUUGAACGCUGUUGAGCAGCCUGUACAGUCUAAAUGCUUUUGUCUUUGUGCUCUUUCCUGAACACAGAAUACAGGCAACUUAAUUCUUCGUUCUCAUAUUCUUAUCAAUGUAAAGCAGUGCAAGCAACACAGACGCACAAAUGAUGCCUACGUGUAACAGUUUAUUUGGUUUACCUUCAUACACAUCUGAUAAUGUAAGUUACCUUAAUAAAUUCAGACAUUCAUCACAACUGUUGUUUCUUGAAUUCAACAGUCAGAAACUGCCUGGAGUGUUUUCAGAGUUUUGGACUAUCAAUGCCCAUUUGUAAACUGGGAUGUUUGUCAGAUUUAAUAAAUAAAACAUUGUCAUACAUUA